AGAAAUGAAAGAACUCAUGGUUCGGAUCGUUCCACGGAUCAGGAGUCACGGAUCGGAUCUUUUUCGGAUCAGUAAAAAAAAAAACAACAAGACAAACAUACCGGUACGUUUUGUCUUUUUGUUUAAUACAUCAUCCACCAUUGCCCCCACUCAUCACUGUAAAGUCCACCAUUGCCCCCCACUCGUCAUCACCAUCACUGUUCCAGUGCAACAUUGCCCCCACAUUAGUAAUAAUAGCCAGUAACAUUGCCCCCACAUUAGUAAUAAUAGCCAGUAACAUUGCCCCCACAUUAGUAAUAAUAGCCAGUAACAUUGCCCCCACAUUAGUAAUUAUAGCCAGUAACAUUGCCCCC